UAUAAAUGCCUGGAGUGUGGAAAGAGCUUCAGUCGGAUGGACUAUCGUGAUAGACACCAAAGAAUCCACACUGGAGAGAAACCAUUUAAAUGCCUGGAGUGUGAAAAGAGUUUCAAUCGGAGAGGAUGUCUCCAGAAACAUCAGAGGUUUCACACUGGUGAAAAACCAUAUGAAUGCUUGGAGUGUGGAAAGAGCUUUACUGCGAGCGAACAGCUCCGCAGACAUCAAUGGAUUCACAGAGCAGAAAAACCAUAUAAAUGUCUGGUGUGUGGAAAGAACUACAGUGAGAAGAGCAGCUUUUUGGUACAUCAAAGAAUCCACACAGGAGAGACACCGUAUAAAUGCUUACAGUGUGGAAAGGGCUUCAGACGGAACAGCAAUCUUCGUGAACAUCAAAAAAUCCACUCAGGAGAGAGACAACCGUAUAAAUGCCUGCAGUGUGGAAAGAGCUUCAGACGGAACAGCAACCUUAGUGAACAUAGUAAAAUCCAUUCAGGAGAAAAACCAUUUAAAUGCCUGGAGUGUGGAAAAAGCUUCAGUCAGAAGAGCACUGUUAAUAGACAUCAAAUAAUCCACUCAGGAGAAAAACCUUUUAAAUGCCCGGAGUGUGGAAAGAGCUUCAAUACUAAAGGAAGUCUCAAUAAACAUCAAAGGAUUCACACGGGAGAAAAACCAUUUAAAUGCCUGGAGUGUGGAAAGAGUUUCAAUACUACAAGAAGUCUCAAUCAACAUCAAACGAUUCACACGGGAUUAAAACCGUAUAAAUGCCUGGAGUGUGGAAAGAGUUUUAAUGAGAACAGCAGCCUUGAUAAACAUCAAAGAAUCCACUCAGGAGAA